AAGCAGAGGGUUAUUUAUUUAUAGGCGGAAAACGCACACAGAUAUUCCCCCGCUCUCAAUUUUUGAAUGGACUGAUCUUCCCUCUCUCUCCUGUUUUUCUGCCUUAGAAGGGUGUUUUAGGCGGAGGAAGAGCUUCCGUACCCUCCUAUAUCGGGAAUCUUCCUUGUCUCUCCUUGCAUACUCAAUACGUGCUCGAAACAGGGUCCUUUUCUUCGUCUCUCCUCCGCUGGCAGUCUCUUUGUCACGCCGGCAGCCCUAAGAGACUUUGGAUAGCGUCGUUACGAGUGUGGAACAGUGAAAAAAAUGGGCAUUGUAAACUACCAUGUAAUCGAGCUGGUAGGUGAGGGCUCUUUUGGGAAAGUCUACAAGGGAAGGAGGAAGUACACAGGCCAGACAGUUGCAAUGAAAUUUAUAAUGAAGCAUGGGAAAAGUGAGAAAGACAUACAUAAUCUAAGGCAGGAGAUAGAGAUUCUUAGAAAACUGAAGCAUGAAAAUAUCAUUGAAAUGCUUGAUUCCUUUGAAAGCCCACAAGAGUUUUGUGUUGUUACAGAGUUUGCCCAGGGUGAGUUGUUUGAGAUACUUGAGGACGAUAAGUGCCUUCCUGAAGAACAAGUUCAGCAAAUCGCAAAGCAAUUGGUUAGGGCAUUAAAUUACUUACAUUCCAACCGCAUCAUCCAUCGUGACAUGAAGCCACAAAACAUUCUCAUUGGUGCUGGCUCUGUUGUUAAGCUAUGUGAUUUUGGUUUUGCACGGGCAAUGUCCACAAAUACUGUAGUUUUGCGAUCCAUAAAAGGCACUCCGCUCUACAUGGCCCCAGAAUUAGUACGGGAGCAACCAUACAACCACACUGCUGAUCUGUGGUCUCUUGGGGUUAUAUUGUAUGAAUUAUUUGUUGGCCAACCUCCAUUCUAUACAAAUUCAGUAUAUGCACUCAUCCGACACAUUGUGAAGGAUCCUGUCAAAUAUCCUGAUGACAUGAGUCCCAGUUUUAAAAGUUUUCUGAAAGGACUGCUCAAUAAGGUUCCGCAAAGCAGACUGACUUGGCCAACGUUGCUAGAACACCCAUUUGUUAAAGAAACUUCAGAAGAAAUGGAGGCCAGGGAAGUGCGUGCUACAACUGCUGUAGCCAGGGGAUUUGAUGCAGCAUGGAGGGCUGAAGGAAACCUUAUCCAAGCCUCAAUUGGUUCAGCUUUUCCCAGUCCUCAGAGUAAAAACAAUUCUCCUGUUGCUUUCGAGGGUGGUAUUACUCCAAAGAAUAAAAUUGAUGCUCAACAAAAUAGUCCGAACAUAGCUGCAGACCUUUCUUCACCACAUGAAGAGUUCCCUGGGUUCUCAAGUCCAAAAAAUGUUAAAGAGUCAGGUAGCCAGACAUUGGAUAGACUUGAAAACAACUCUCGCACGGUUAAAGGUGCGAAAAUAAUUGGCCAAGAUAAUGAAGCUAUAGCAGCUAUUCUGCAACCAUUGAAAAGAUGGGCCAAAGGACCUCAAAAUUCAUGCAGGGAUCAGGAUGCAAUUACUUCAAAUCAGUCACUGAGAAUUCUUUCAAACUUGGUUGCAGCAAGUGCCAUCAAUUCUAGCCGACUAGUUGAUGAAAUAAUUUGUGAACUUCUUGAUUUCUUGUCUGUCUUGGUCAGCUUGAGAUUAUCUGAACUUGAUGACUCUUUAGCAAAGAGCUUUUCAAUAGUCAAAAUGUUGGUAGAGAAUGGUAAAAAUGGCAUUGCAAGUUCAUAUUUCAGUCACUGGGUUGCCAUAGCUGAACUUUUCUCACAGGUCGUUGCAUGCAAUGAAGAUCCCUCUGGAAAAGUUCUGCAUGAGUCCAGUGCAUGUGUUUCAAUCAUACUAUCUAGGGUAUCCCAGGGUCUUAAAGCAACUUCUGCGACGCUGGCUCCCGAGGAAGGUUCUGUUGCUUCCACAGCAAAGGAAACAUUGAAACAGAUUUUGGAUCAUACUGUUACCUCUGGAUUAGUGGAUCAUUUGUGUCUCUGCUUAGCAACUUCUGGCCAAAGUCUCAUAUCAGGUUCUUCUAACAUGUUGCGUGCGGCUUAUGAAGCUUGUCGAGCUAUCUGGUCACUGAUAGAUGGGCUGGAAACUCUUCACAUGAAAGAAAAAGCCUAUUUAUUUCCAUUAGAUGCUUUACGUCAUGCCUUACUCCAACCUGAUAUUAGGGACUAUGAACUAGGUUCAUUUGUUGGGACUGAAUCCAUAAGAAUUGUUGAUGCAGUGACGAGAGUAUUCCUUACAUCAAAAGCUGUGCAGGUUUCUAUUUACUAUUGCCUUCACCAACGUGUGGAGGCUGUACUCUCAUGUAGUAUUCAGCUCAUGACAAGGUGCUGUAUGCAAAAUGCAAAUGUUCCAAAUGUUCUUUGCGGCUUGCCCAGCUCCCUCCCCGUUACAACUGUUGUCAGUGGUGGAGGGGAUGGCACUAUUAUUUCAGAGAUAUUUUCUGUUUUAUCUUUAUGUGCUUCAUCAAUGAACAAAGAUCCUCAAUCAGGUGACCAAAACAACUUGAAGUCCAAGUUAACCAAUCCUUCUGCGAUUGUUCUGCGUGCUUGCUAUCUGAUUGCAACAAUUGCUCAAUGUUUGAAGUCAAAUGGAAGAAAUUCGGCAUUAUUUAUGCUUACAACCUCCCAAAAGAAGCAGCUUUCUAGACUUUCGAUCCUUUCUCAUCAUUUUUCCUCAGAAGAUAGAGUACAAAAUGUGUGUCCCUUACAUUGCACAUCGGCUAUGCUGGCAGUUGCAUCCAUUUUAUACCUUGAAAGUGGAGCAUCUUUUGAGUCUUCUGUCUCUGAGAUUGCAGUGCCUUUGAUUCCUCGAACUGCAACACUUUGUGAUCUCCUCAAGAUUUCAACAUGCAGUGAAAAUGCAGUAGGCACUAACAAUUCAAAUAGUGCUCUGUCACACUGGCAUGGUCUUAGGGAUGGAUGUGUUGGACUGCUAGAAUCCAGGUUAAAGUGGGGUGGACCAUUAGCUGUCCAGCAGUUAUGUGCAAGUGGUAUCCCUCAGCUUUUGAUUGAUUUGUUAGCCAAGAUAAAGUCUUCUUCUCAACUAGUUGACAGCACAAAGGAUCAAAUUGGAUUGUCUCCAAUUGGGGUUGUAUGGACACUUUCAUCAAUCUGUCACUGCCUCUCGGGUGGAGCUCAGAUAUUCCGUCAGGUUUUGGUCAGGAGUGAACACAUCAAGAUUAUCACUGAAUUGAUAUCUGAUGUGCAUCUCAAGCUAGUAAAAUGCUGGGGUGGGCCAGGUGGAGGGAAUGACGGAAUCAGAGAUAUAAUUAAUGCAGUGGUUGAUCUUUUAGCAUUUCCAUUUGUGGCUCUUCAAAAUGCUCCAGGAUUGCCAUCGGCCACUGCUUCUGUAAAUGGUGGCUUCCUUCUGAACAUGGGGUCGCCUGGUGGGAGAGUGUGCAUGGAAGACAAGGACAUGACAAAAGCAAUUGAGGAAGACAUGGGAAAGUUUAUAAAAAUUAUUCGGGAGGUGGGAGUGCCAAGUGCAAUACUUCGAUGCUUGGAACAUGUGGAGUCAAAAGAUUUGGGAAGGCCAGUUGCCUUUGUUGCCAAAAUGAUGGGUCAUCGUACACUUGCAGUUCAACUUGUCAGCAAAGGCCUGUUGGACCCCAACAGAAUGACAAUGCUGCUCGAUUGUUCAGCUCCAAGGGAGGUUACAUUGGAUGUCCUGAUGAUAAUUUCUGAUCUUGCUAGAAUGGAUAAGGGUUUCUAUGAGGUGAUCAAUGGGGCUUCUGUACUGGAGUUCUUGAAGGACUUUCUUACCCAUGAAGAUCCCAACAUACGUGCAAAGGCUUGCAGUGCUCUUGGUAACAUGUGUAGGCACAGUUCCUACUUCUAUAGUUCACUAGCAAGACACCACAUAAUUGGCCUUCUCAUUGAUCGAUGUGCUGAUCCUGACAAACGUACACGGAAGUUUGCUUGUUUUGCAAUUGGAAAUGCUGCCUACCAUAAUGACUUGUUGUAUGACGAACUAGGGAGAUCUAUACCUCAGCUUGCAAAGUUGCUGCUCUCAGCAGAGGAAGACAAGACCAAAGCAAAUGCUGCUGGUGCAUUAAGUAACCUUGUUCGCAACUCUAACAAACUUUGUGAAGACAUUAUCUCUAAAGGAGCUCUGAAGGCAUUGUUGAAGUUGGUUGCUGACUGCUCAGCUAUAGCCCUGAACCCCAGUAGAAAUGACACUGUCAACGAGUCACCAUUAAAGAUAGCUCUCUUUUCGUUGGCAAAGAUGUGUGCGCACACACCCUGUAGACAGUUCCUCCGUUCAUCAGAGUUGUUCCCGGUGGUUGGAAGACUGCGGCAAUCUCCAGAACCAACCAUUGCCAACUAUGCUUCUGUUAUUCUCAGCAAAGUUGCUGAUGCUUGAAGAGGGUUCAGAAGCAAAAGACAAUAGUUGAUUCCCACUAAUAUGUAACGUUGUGCUGUAUCAGUUCGAUCCAGGCAUGGGACAAAUAAUAUACAGUGCAAAUUGUAAGGAAAAGAGAGCAUGACAAUAUCUAAGGCUCGAUAAUAUACCUUAUAAUGAUUGUGUAUAUUGUUAUUGUGUGAAUGACCUAAGUCGAGUUUUACUUUAUUUAUUUCUAGAAA